AUGCUCAAUGCUCCUAAUGUUGAUAAAAACAAUAUGCUUACUCCACUUGCAGAUUUGGUCCCUGAUGAAUGGUUGGCUGAUGAGAGAGAAGCUUUACAAAGUUUUGGAGCUGCAAACCUCACUGAAUUGACGAAAAUAGUUAGGGAUAGAAAAAAAGAACCCGAGCUGAGCUGGGUUGAGGUUAAGAGGCAAACACAUAAGUUUGUUUCGCUUGUCAGUGGUGACCCAGAAUUUGCUAAGCAUCAUAAAAUAAUCAAGUCUUUGUUUGCUAGUAUUAAAGCAGAUGCUGGUAAUGUUGUGGAAGACUCAUGUGAAUGUGAUGGUUAUCACAGCGAGAAGCUUGCAGUAGCUUAUGCCCUAUUGAAUGCACAUGACAUGGCACCAAUCUUUAUCAUAAAGGCCUCGGGGAAGAUGUGUGAUGAUUGCCACUCUUUUAUGAAAUUAAUCUCAAAAGUCAAAAAAAGGUUGAUCACAGUGAGAGACGACAGGUAUUUCCAUCACUUCCAAGAUGGAAGUUGCUCCUCUGCAGAUUAUUUUGGUUGA